ACACACAAUUCCGACUCAGUACCGUGAUUCCUUCCUCGUGAAUCGUAGUGUGACGCGUAGCCGUAAAACAAUUUUACGUCGCGCGUGAACGAAAAUAAAAUCCCCAUCUGUUCAAAUAUUGUGCAAGUUUUUUUAAUACUACCCUAAAAACUCAGGCCAAAAUGUGUACGUUUUAUGUUCCUUAUGUCUCGACGUAGCCUCGUUUUGUUUCCUUUAUAUUUUUGUGCUCGGUGUUUGAGUGGGCUUUGUUUUUGUAUCCGUGUAUUGUGAAUGGAUUUAUUAUAACUCGAUUAUGAAGGCGUGCGCUUCGUAAAAGAUAAAGAAAAUGGUGCAAUGACGUGAAAAGCGAUGCUGCUUCAGCAUACGUCGCCAGGUCCGAGCGGCACAGCCAGCCCCAAGCUAACCCAGAGCCGCCCCAGUAACAGCCCCAGUUUCACCACCAAACUCUCAGGAAGCCCCAGCUUGAGCGAUGGAGCAUCGAGUUCAAAUAGUCCCAGAUUGGGCGCCAACAGUCCCAAGUUGGGCGCAAGUCCGAAGUACGGGAGUCCGAGAAUGGGAAGCGGGAGUCCGAGAAUGGGAAGUGGGAGUCCGAGGUUCGAAGGGAAGGGGCCCUUGGAGGACGAGGUCGCGUUGGAGAGGAUUCAGACGGAGCUGAAGGACGGAUGGACGGUGCACACAGGGAGGGAUGGUAGACUUUAUUAUUGCAACCACAUCACCAGAACAGCCAGCUGGUUGCCCCCGGUGGAGAGCUGGCCGGCCAGGGACUGCGACAGCUCCGAUGAGGAGCUGCCUUACGGAUGGGAGCAAGCGCUGGACAGCCGGGGCAAGCCUUACUAUAUCAACCACGUGAACAAAACGACGACAUACGUGGCGCCGGAGGGCCUGUCGUGCGAGUCCCCGCCGGCCCCCCGCGACGUGGUGCUGGGGCGGGACCCCGAGCUGGGGUUCGGCUUCGUGGCCGGCUCCGAGCGGCCCGUGCUCGUGCGCUUCGUCACCGACAACUCGCCCAGCGUCGGGAAAUUAGAACCAGGCGAUCAGAUCCUCUGCGUGAACGGCGAAGACGUGAGCACGGCUGCCCGGGAGCACGUGAUAUCCGCCGUGCGCGCGUGCUCGGAGAAAGUGACGCUGCGAGUCUGCCAGCCCGCCAGGAGCGGCAACCUGACGAGACGGUCGGCUUUCCUGUCGGCGGCCAAGCGAGCCAGGCUGCGGGCCAGACCCCCUAGGGUCAGAUUCGCUGAUUCUGUACAAUUGAAUGGGGCACCGAUGUACCCUCCAUCAGCCUUCUCCUUGGGAGACCUCUGCCUGCCGCCAAUGGCCAACGUACUCAAAGUGUUCCUCGAGAACGGGCAGACCAAGUCGUUCAAGUACGACGCGACCACCACCGUAGCGGACGUGGUCACCAGCCUGAAGGACAAGCUCUGCAUCGCCGCCGAGGAACACUUUAGCCUGGUGGUGGAACAUGUGAAGAGUUUGAGAAGGAACAAGCUCACUUUGUUAGAUCCGAAAGAAUCCUUAGCCAGGAUCGCAGCUCGUCCAGGCUCCCACAAAAUGCGGUGCCUGUUCCGCGUGGUCUUCAUGCCCUCAUCAGCGGCUGAACUUGCUCAACGGGACCUCGCCGCGUUGGACUACCUCUACAUGCAGUGCUGCAACGACGUGGCGCAGGACAGGUUCGCUCCGGAGCUGCAGCCCGAUGUUGCGCUGCGCUUGGCAGCGUUGCAUAUACACCAGCACGCGUUGGCUCAUAACCUGUCUCCUGCCAAGAUUACUGUUAAAUCUGUGGAAAGGGAGUUUGGGUUCGAGCGGUUCGUGCCGAGCAGCCUGCUGGAGAGCAUGAAGCGCAAGGAGCUGCGGCGGCUCGUGGCGCACUUCCUCAAGCUCAACGCGCAGAUGACGGGCGGCCAGCGCCAUCUCACGCAGCUGCAGGCCAAGCUACACUACUUGGACAUAGUAGGUGGCCUGCCGAGCUACGGCGCGAAGUGCUUCAGCAGCAGUCGACCUGAACGAGUUUUGUUGGUUUCUCCACGCUUUGGUCUUAGUCAAAUCGUUGGCAGAAAUAACUCCGUGCCUCAGUCUAUCGCGUCUCUGGACGAAGUGGAGGCAGUGCGAGUGAAGAGCGAGUGCUCGGGCAGCGCGGACGUCGCCAUCUUCCUGCAGAGGGACCGCGUGCUGGCGCUGCUGAUGGAGGAGCGGGAUGCUACUGAGAUGCCUCUCAUUAUAGCGGGAUAUUACAGGCUAGCUACUGGGCGAGAGUUGAACAUUGAGCUCGAAAGGGAACCUAUGACGGAUGAUAUUGCCCCGCCUUACUUGUCCCAGCAUAGCGUCGUACCCUCAAAAUGGAGUUACUUGUACCACGACGAUCCCAUGGUUCUUGGAAAGAAGCACUUCGCUAUCUUCAGUAUGCCACCUCCAUAUCAUUCCACGCCGGAUCAGUCUAAAUCUAGUAUAGACACUAACAUGAAUACGAGUAUAGCAAACCGAAACCACAGCAAUAAUUCCAGUCCUUUAGUUGGUUAUGAAACUAAAUCAGGCGUACUGGGCCAUGAUAUUCAUUUUGAAAAAUGUAAAAGGAAUGAAGAAUUUAGACUCUUCGAUCCUAACGAUGCUUGUUACUUAGACGAUGGUAUGGGCUUUGAUCUACAAAGCGUAUUAUCCAUGGAGUUGUUAGAAAACGCCAACAAUCCCCGCUUAGUAGAAGCUAAGAACGAGGAAGUUUUAAGAAGAGUAGCAGAAAUGCAAAAGCUAGUAGAGAAUUCCGAACAGUAUCUGACUGAAAAUUGUGAUGUUUAUAAUGAUAUUGGUUAUAAUGGUCUUUUAAGAGAUGAAUUAGUUGGUAAAGAGACUUGCGUAGAUCAUUUAGAAAGUGAUACUGAAUCGAUUAAUAGUAGAAUGUCGGCUGCAGAUGAUGCUCCAGGAAUAUUAAAACAUAGUGAUUCAUUAUUACUUUUGACAGAAACAAUUAAUCAAGGUUUGAGCGGAUUAACUGCAGUUGAAACUGGUAAAGAGUACAAUGAAACAGAUCUUACAAAAAGGCAAUCACAAGGACUUAGUGCAAUACUUAAUAACUGUGGUCUCACUGAUGCUUUAUUAGCUCUUAAUAAUGAUGUAGUAUAUUCAGAAAGUGAUAAUGAUUCUUCGUACACACCUACCAGUAGCCCUAUACGCAAACAUCAAAACAAAGCUUCUAAUAAGGCAGUUAGAACUAGUUUUGGUUUACACAGUCCAGAUGCUACUUUAGAUGCUAAGGAAUCGAAUUUGAAGGAAUACUUAAAACAGUUAAGAGAGAAAAGUAAUAGAGAAGAGAAUGCCUCAGAAUUUCCAUUUUAUUACCAGGAAAGUAUAGUAGACAACGACGCCGAGCUUAUAGAUUUAACAUUAAUACCUCCACCGCAAACUCCUGAUGAGUUAGACUGUUCAACACAAGUGCCUCAAAUUCUACCCAUGGUUCCACCGUCGUUUGCCGACGAUCGGAAUACUGAACAAGACAAUAUACCAAAAAGUAAUGAUCUAGAAGAGUUUAUAGCUAAUGUUACUAUACAACCACCUACAGUUAAAGUCACGCCAGCAAUAGAGCUUACUCCCGAAGAAAUCAUGUCUUAUAUCAUUCCGCCGCCACCAGGGUCAAAUUCAUCAACAUUAGAUAGAGAUGUAGCUAGUUACGUCAAUCAAAACGAAAUGUGUGAAACGAAAAAUGAACAGAACUGUACUAAUGAUGUAAAACCAUCAAAUGGUGAUGUCACAAGAGGAGUUCUUAGCGUAAGUGAAAUUAGAAGUAUGUUUAAUGCAAAAGGUUUAAGUGAUGCUAGAAAUAGUUUAUUAUUAAAAGACAAAAGCAAAACCCAAACAAAGUCGGACUCACCCAAAUGUAAAAGAAAAAGUAUAACAGGAGAAAAACAAGCAAAUGGAGUUACACACAUAAUAGAAUACCCGACAGUUGAGAGGAAAGGUAUGUUUUCUUGUUGUAGUAAAGACAAAAAUAAAAAUGAGGAUAGUAGUGAAAGCGAAGUUGAAAAAGUCGAUGGUCAUAUUCAAAAUUCAGAUUCAAUGCCCGACGUUUGUGAAAUAAGACCCCCUCCUCGAAGAAAAAGUACCGAAAUUCGAAAACCACCUGAACGUCCUCCGAAAACACCACCAACUCCAGCUCCCCGACCGAGGUCUAAUUCAUUUACUUGUCCAAAUAAUGAACUAAGUGCUGUCGAAAUCACGACUAACCAUUUCGGGACCAUGAAUAAUAGGAAAAUGAAUUAUAAAGUUGUAUGUGAGUUGAACGAAGAUACGCAUACACAAAGUACUAAUUUACCCCCUCAGUUACCACCUCGGCCUGAAAGCAAGAUUCUUUCACCCCCACCUCCAUUAUUAUUACCGCCCAAAAAGCCACCACUGCCCCCCGUGCCGAGCAUCGAAGUGUUACGCAUGAAAAAUUCCCAAAAACUGUCGCCAGUCCGCGCCACCGAAAGACUGGCAAGCAUUGGUUCCCCACACUUUCAGAGAAACCUCAACACCUACAGAAUUCUAGAAAACGAAAACAGAUUAACCGAAGAUGAAUCCCAAAGCAUAAGAUCUACCCAAAACUACAGUUCCAUGACCUUACAGAACAGGCAUGUCCGUUCAAAUUCGGAGACUAAGAACACGAUAUUAAAAAAUAAAGACAUGUCCACAGCUUUAUCGUUAUGUUCUCCCCAGAUGAACAGGCGUUUUAGCAACAGACCUGAUAUUCUAAAUGGUGCGCCAGUGGGAGAUCCGCGUAUGUUUAGUCCGCCGCUAUCUGACAGGAAACCACUUAGAAGGGAUAGCACUAGUUCCACUGCAAAAUCGCAGAACCACGUGAGGUUUAAAGAUGAUGUGAUCGAUGAUAUCCCCACUCCCCCGUCGCCACCUACGGUGAAGUUUCCUGAGUUCCAAGCGGGCAACAACGGCCAUGUGUCUAUAGAGAAUUUGCUGUGUAAGACGGAGGUUGCCGUGGACGGUUUGCUGCAAAGGCUGCACCAGGUCGCUCAGAAGUGUUCUCAUCAACACGCGCACGGCGGCGGCGAGGAUAUCGACGAAGUUAAAUUUCAGCGUGCUCGCAACGAGUUGACCUCCUGUGCAGUGACUCUAGUGGGCGCGUCGCGUACGUUGGUGGGCGCUCUCGGGGCGUCCCCGGCCGCCGCCCCCGCGCCGCCUGCGCCCGCCGCGCUGGCCGACUGUCUCACGCCUCUGCGGCGCCUCGCUGACCUCGCUCAGGCACUUGGAAGGCACACGUCAGCACCGCUCCAAACCAGAAACCUGGUCCUCCGAGUCCAUGACGUCACAGCAGCUUUCAAAGACCUGGCCGGUGCUGAAAUGGCGCAUAUCAUAAAUGAACAUAACACCAAAAACAGCCAAGGUCAAGACACAAACUCCUCAUUGGAAGGCCAACUGGCUUUAAGAGCUGAAUGCCUUGCCAACGUGUUGGCGACGUUGCUCAGGAGUUUGAGAGUGUUUUCUCCGUAAAAUUGAAUCCUAAAAAGGAGAAAUGGCAGCUAAUAUUUUACGGAAUGCUUUUUAAUGGUAUAAUUUUAAAAGUGGUCCCUAGUUGGACGCCAUUGUGUGGCAGGCGAGCGUACCAGCUUUAAGUAAAUUUAUCGAGCUAAAAUUUGUCUAUGGGUUUUGAAGAUAUUACGAAGUGUCAUUUAACGUUGUAAGCAGCGAAUUUGCACCCAUUUAUGCUUGGUUCAUUAACAAAUCAUCAGACUAUGGUCCAAAAGUCCAAAAUAAAUGCCAAUUAAAAAAAACCGUUCCAUUUUUUUAUUCGCUGGCUUUGCGGCUCUAGCCCUUUUGACCAUGAGUAUCAUUCUAUUUCCGUCUUGUGCGACAGAUAAUAAAUCUACAGAAACUGCUCACUGUCAUAGACAAAGAAAAUUUAAAAAACGUAUCGUAAAUAAUUAAAUAUUAAUAAAAAUCUUUCUAAUGUUUAGUGUAAAAUAGUUUUUAUCUUCUGUUAAAAUGACCGUUACUAAAAUGAGACCAAAUAAAAUUAGGUAUGUUUGUAUGUUUAUUAUUGUAGUUGGAAACGAUUUUGUUAGUUAAGUUGUAGUUUUGUAAAUUUUAACAUACGUUAACCUUUAUUGAUUGUUGAUAUCGACGAUUUUAAUCGUAGAUAUGCUUUGAAUCUAAAACCGUUUGCUUGAUGUAGGUACGCUAAUUAUUGAUUGGUUGAUAUUUAGUGAUGAUGCUCUUAUGUGAACUUACUCCUUUCAUUCAAUUUGAUUAAAACAGAAUGCAUAUCUUCGAUUUAAAUCCUUAUUCAGUAUGACUUCACUUGUAAUAAAUACUACAUUAGUAGUUUAGUUACUUAGGCCUACAUUAAAAAAUAUAUUAUUCGUGUCUUGGCUGGAAUUUGAGAGAACGAUUUUUUUUUUAAUUAUUAUUAACCAAGAUACUUUGCUAUGAUGAAAUAUACUUCUAUUUUACUCUAUGAUUCCAUUCAUAAUUAAAAUGUUACCAUGUUAAAUAAUUAAGUUAAUAUAUACUUACUUAAAACAUAUCUGUUUUUUCAUUAUAAACUAUUAAAUAGGUAUGUGUGAUUAUAAUAGGGUGCGAAAUUAAAUAAAAUGUAACUAAACCAUAUCUGUAUACUAACGUAUCUAAGAUAAUUAAAAUUAAUGUAGGAACACAUCGGUAACAUCCCAACGAAUUCCAACCAAUGCUGCCACUGGGCAGAAUUAAAUCUUGGAUAUUUUUAGUCGAUAUCUACUCGUUUAAAGAAUUUCGAGGAUUUUUGUGGAUAAUGUACAGUCAUAUACAUUUUAAUUACUAAUGUACUGUUAAUAUUGCCCAUGACAUAAUUAAGUGAAAUAUGUUUUACAGUCACAAAACACAAAAGACACAAAAAAUAGAAGUAAAAGAGGGCAUUAUAGUCUGGAAAGUUCGUUUCAUUUAUGUUGGGCCAUGUGUUUCUACAAAUAAUAGCAUAAAAUGUCAAAUGCAUUUCGCGUUUUUCUAUUGACAUUCUGUUUUGCGUCGUAGAUCUGUGUUGCUAGUUGUUGUUAGUGUUUUUUUUUAAUUAGAAACGUCAUAGUGCAGCCGACGUGCUAAUAUUUAAUAUUGGUGCUAUUUUUGAAAAUAAAAACGUGUCAGAUUUUGUAUUAUGCACUGACGAUUUGAAAUUUUAAUUACUUUUUACAUACAUAAAAUGCAAAACUAAUCUGUUGUUUUUAUUGAAUUGUUUGAUAUUUUUUUUUGUCACCUGUGAAGUACAAUUUUUAUUCGUCUUUAUGCGAAGUCUUUACCAGUAUUUAACCAAAGACAAGGUUAUCUUUUUCUAUGUAAUUUUAUUUUUUUAUUUAUUUUUUUUAUUUUUCUAUUAAAACCUUGUUCGUUGUUCAAUUGUUCAUUCCUUUUAGCCUAAUACUAUGUAAUAUAUUGAAAAUAUAGGUCGAAAUAUUUUUAUUUAUUCUCAAAUAUAUUAUUAUAAUUAAUAUAUCGGAAUAAAUACAUAUUUUAGCGAUGAUUACUUAUAUCACAAAGUUAUGUAAUAUAUUAAACAUAUACAUAAAUAAUAAAAUAAACUUUUUAACUUAUCACUUCUUUAUAUUUAGUAAUUAAUUUACUUGGCGUUAUUGUAUAUAGAGAUGUUUGCAUUUAUAUAGAUUAUAAAGAGUAUAGGAGAUAAUACUCCGCCCUGGACUACACUAUCCUAAUAUAAAUACUAAAAUAUAUUUUUCUUUAACCUUACCUUUUAUUAUAUUUUUAUUUAACCAUUUUGGCUUAUGUAUAUGUUUAAUAUGUACUUAUAGGUAAAAAUGAUUUAACUGCUAAGUUAAAUCGUUAUUAUACAAGGUAACUACCUAUAUCUACAUUCUACAUAUUAGUAAAAUAUCACACCAAUCUAUUUAUUGUUUCCAAUAUCACAAUGCAAUGCAUUUGAUGUAAUAAACGAUUUAAAACAA